AUGAUCCGGACAGUGGGUCAGACCAAUGGCAGCGACAGGUUGGAAGGUUUUCCUUCUAGUCUUGGAAGUGUAUUCGGUGGAGGUACGCCAGGUGUGAGGCCAGGGCAAUACGAAUUACCGUGCGGGAGAUCUGCAUGGGGUGGUUUAACUGUGGGUGGGAGAGCCUCGGAUGAGAUUAGCGAUAUGUCUACGGCGUCGGCGACAAGCUCACGGUGGGGAGGAGCGGACUGCCGUUCAUCUUUGCCAUCUUUCCAAGAGUUCACUCGAGAGAAUAGUGGAGGAAGUGAAAGCCUCUUACGUUUCUCCAACAGUAGCAUUACUCGAGUCAGUAGUCUUGCAGAAGAGGAGUCAUGCCAUGGCACGACGUGGCGCCCAGGCGGUGUUGCGCCUGCGUCAGGUGUCUCCGAUGUGUCGCCUAUGGCGCCUUCCCUCACUCUAGUAGGGCAUUCUCCAAGUAGUCCUUGCGGGGGGGGGGGUCUGAUUUUUGUGCCGCCACCAGGUCUGUCUUUGCACAACGAUUUCGGUCGUCUUGUAGUAGGCAGAGGGUCGUCCCACACAGCGACAGUACCUCAGCAGGACGAGACAGUACUUGAUGGGUAUCAGGGGGGGUUAUCGUCUGGUCGAUACCCGUAUGUUAGUGACGCAGUCCUGAAGACCUUAUCCGAUUCUGUAGCUGGAUUGGCUGUUGAUGAAAAUAAGGUUGACAGGGCGAAGACAGCUAACGAUGACUAUUUGUCAAACGAGACAGAAAGAAUGUCUGUGCCAACACUUCAUUUAGACAGAGUUGCAGCCACGGAAGAAGUGUGUGGGCGUGUUGCCACCUGUACUCCGUCUAGUCAGAACUUGGGCUCGUCUUCUCGGGCGUAUGAUGAUAGUCGGGUACAGAGUAAGGGGAAUGUUUCCGGUACCGGCGUCCGAAUUGUUUCUGUCUCACAGGUGUAG